AUGUCCGCCCCCAACGAAACAAACAAGCUUACGUCCACAAGCGGACCCGAAUCUCCCACCACAGUCAAGCCCUUGGACUUGAGCGACGACGAAGAUAUUCAGGAGACAGGAAUACUCGGCGGUGAAAGCUCCAACCAGAACACGAAUACCUCGGCCAACAUGGCAUCCUCGACAGCGGCCGCCGAACCUGCCCCCCCGGCGAAGCCCCCUAGACCCUCUACCGAGACACAGAAGAAUGAGGACAUCUUGAAAGAAGCCUUCCCCAGCAUCGACAUCUCUGUCAUCAAGGCUGUUUUGAGAGCCAGCGGCGGGCGCAUUGACCCUGCCUUCAAUGCUCUGCUUGAAAUGACGGAUCCCGAUGCCGCACGUAACGAGCCCGAAGCAGAGAACCCUCCUCCCCAGCCUCCCCGCCCUGCCGCCUCUGUGCAACUGUCUCAGCUCGAGGCGGACGAACUAUACGCGCGCCAGCUAGCGGAACACUUCGAUAACGUCGGCAACUACGAGGCCAGAACCGCGAACCGAAGUCCCGGUGGUCGCGUCAGACGCCAGCAGACCGGUCUCGAACCCAGAGUGAACGCCGAGGACCGCGAGCACAACUUCUUCGACGAUGAGCUGCCGGUUAUCCAGGAGAGGCUGCGGCAAGGCUUCAUCGAGACCCAGGGCAAAGUCAACAGCUGGAUUACGACUAUGAAGAAGAGGUUCGACGAGGAAUUCGCCGACGAGGAUGACCACAACCAGCGACCCGGUCAAGGCCAAGGACAGUACGGCGGUAGACGUCCUGGGGAGUCGAGCCGCAGGAGUGGUGACUACGAGAGAUAUGAUGCGGACCCUCAGGUCCUCAGCGACGAUUUCGCAGGCAUGAAGUUCACGGCUGAUGGAACUCCGGUUCGUGACGGCAACAGGCCGUUGUCACACCCCGACCUCUUUAAGCCCCCUCCACCCUCAAAGUCGCCCAAGCCAAGCGAUGGGCGAAAGGUUGCGUUCCGAGAGGGAGCUGAGGAGAUUGACGUGUAUGGCUCGUCACCUAGGGUUUCAGCUGAAGAUGCUACGGGGUCCAAGGCCAAGUCCAGCAAGUGGCAGCCUCUGUCAACGGUCGAGCCUAGUCCCAUCAACGACAAUGACCCUUUCAGCUUGGGAGAUAGCGAGGACGAAAGAGAGGCCAAGGAGAAGGCUGCGUCUAAGGAUGUCAAAUCGGAGGACAGCGAGAGACUGAAGAAGGCCGCAGCUGAGGCGAUGGCGGACAGUCUCGUCGAGUCCAAGGGAGGAGAGUCGGCAGAUGCGGCGGUCAAGAAGAACUAA